AUGGAUGGAAAGGUGGGUAGAAGAGGCAGGGAUGGAAUGAGGGGAGAGGCAGGGAUGGAAGAGGGGUCAAAGUGACAUGGAUGGAAGAGGGGGAUAGGAAAGGGUGACACCUUACCUACCUGGCUAUAAUUGCGGCCCCUAUGUCCCACUACAGUCCCAUUUCCCCAAUUGCGGCUUUUAUGUCCCGCUACAGUCUAAUUUCCACAACUUCAGCUCCCAUACCCCACUACAGUCCCUUCCCCCCCAUUGCAGCCCCUAUACUCCACUACAGUCCCUUCCCCCUAAUUGCAGCCCCUGACCCCCAAUUGCAGACCCAACUCCCUCAAUUUCAGCCCCUAUUCCCCACUACGGGCCCAACCCCCUCAAUUUCAGCCCCUAUGCCCCACUACAGGCCCAUCCCCCAAAUUACAGUCUCUAUAACUCACUACUGGCCCAUCCCCCAAUUGCAAUUCCUUCUCCCCACUACAGUCUCUUCCACCAAUUGCACCCAUAUCUCCCCUACUACAACCCCUAUCCCUCCUGUACAGUUCCUAACCCCCAUUUUACACCCCAUACUACAGUCUUUACCCCCCACUACUGCCCCCUCUCCCAAUUGUAGCCUAUAUUCCCAAUCACAGUCAUCCACGAACCCCCCACUACAGCCUGUACAUUUCAUAACCCCUCCACUACAGCCCCUAUCACCCACUUCAACCCACAACCAGUGCCCCUCCUUCAGAGAUUCGGUUUUUGGAUCCGUCCCUGCUACACAUAGAGUAUAUAGGACAGACAGUCCCAGGUGUUGUUUAUUAUUUGACUACAUUGGAAUUUUAGUGAAACACAAGUGGAAGAACUGCUUUAAAGGGGGAAUUAUGCACAGAAUAGAAUGUGAUCCUCCUAAAUAGGGGAGGGUGAUUAUUUCUACUUCAUAUAGAGGGUUUAGAGACUUAGCUGUUAUACAAUUAGCCAUACAGCUCUGGCCUUGUAAAAGACAGACAUUGCAGGAGCUGUCAGAGAAAAGUCAACACUGUUAAUCCCCCUCUGUCUGUUACCCUGAGCUUCACAUGUGAGUCAUAUGAUAUCACAGACCUUGAGAUGGGAACGUUUGUGUGUUCAGUUAAUAUAAUAUUUGUUGCACACGUCAGAAGUGGAUUAAUGCAAGGCACAGCCAGGAUCCCUGUCAAUAUAUUAAUGUAUAUUUGAUAGAUACUUUUAUAAUGUCACUGUUCAUAUAUGUAUUCCUACACACUAGACCCUCUAGUGGCCCUGAUUGGUUUGGCAGUUCAACAGCACCAACAGAAUCCUGCUGGCAACCAGUUAUGGUGUGAUAGGUUAUAUUGUUGGCUCUGCUGCGGCCUGGAAGUCCUAUUCAGGGCUGGCAGAUUGACAGAUAACAGGGAAUAAGAUAUGCUCCAGCAAAUUAGUGAAAUAUUUGCUUAAUGGCAGUGUUUCAAGAAGAAACACUACACAUAUGGUGUUUUUGCAUCAUAACUACUACAGCAAGAUCCUCCUCGGGCCCUGGAACCCUCGUUGUAAGUAAUCAAACCAUUCUAGAAUGAUUUAACAACUUAUCUCUGGUCUGACAGCUGCCGCCACUCCCUGCCUCCUUACAAUUGCUGGGAGAGUGCUAAGGGCUAGCUCAUUGGCUGAGAGCUUAUCUCAGGCUGAACGUUUCUGGCUAGUGAGGAGGCUGUACUGGAAGCAGGGAGUGGCACGCAGAGGACCAGAGGGAAGAAGUACUUGCACUGGGGGUGCUAGGCACUCCUUGCACCAUAACCACUACAGUGUGCUGUAGUGGUUUUGGUGCUUGGAGUGUAUCUUUCUUAUUAAAGCAGCUCUGUCAUCUUCUGGGGUGUUUGCUUAAUUUACAAAGACCCCUGAUAGGAACAUUGCCACUUGGUGUUUUGUGGCCAAUGGCUGUACAGAAUGUGAGAUAUACUAAACUGAUGCUGUCCCCAUGGUAUUUUUUGACUGUUGGAAUCUCUAAAAAAAAUCCCAACAGUGUUUAUGGGCAUUUUUAUAAAGAUUUUGUCUUGAUGAAAUGCUCAAAUUUGGAGGGAGUUGACAGAACUACUUUGAAAGUAAAUGCAUGGGCUAUUGUAUCUUUUGAGAUUUUCUUUCUAAUGUCAAUAUCAAAAUGUUCAUUUUCCCAUUAAUCUUCACUAUGUUUCUUAUUAUAUUUAUAAAGCGCCAACAAAUUCCGCAGCGCUUUACAAUGGGUGGACUAACAAACAUGUAAUUGUAACCAGACAAAUUUGACGUACAGAAACAGAGGGGAUGAGGGCCCUGCUCAAUGAGCUGAGGUCACAUAGUUACGUGUUGUGAAUUGUAAGCAAAGACGAGCAGGGUCUUAAUAAUAAAACAGCACUCAGUUCCAUAUAAUCAAUGUGUUUUUCUUGCUGUUUUCAUGUCACCCACCAUGGUUUAAUUUUGAUGUCCCACGGGGUUUGACAUGGGAGCAACGUUUACAGACGCCACCUUCAACUCCUCUACCUGUUACCUGUAACCAUGACAAGAAAGAUGAGCUGCUGCAGGGGUCCAAGGUGAGCUUAAUACAGUAGUAAUAGAUGAAGGGGAAAAAAAAUCAAAAAAUCAAAGCACCAUAACCACUACAGUACUCUGAGUCCCUAGGUGCUGUCUGUCUGACAGUGAUCUGUGAAACAAUUUAUAAGUUGUUUGACAUGUAACUUGCUGUGUUGGGUGUCUGUAAUCCUUUUGGUCUGAGUUACUUAUACUUUCACAUUAUCAUACUAGCUCACACCAGGUUCACAAUGUAUUAAUUGUCUCAGAGCAAUCAGCUGCCUAAGCCUGCUAUCAGCUGGUGUCAUAAUGCACAAGUAUGAACUUCUAGUUUACAUAGAAAUUUAGACUAGUUUAGAUUACAGGUUGAAAUAUUAAAGCUGGAAAAUAGUUUUCACCUAGAAUUUGCAAUUUGAUGAUACCCAUAUCUGUUUUCAUCCUCAGCCACCAAGGUUUGGAAGGCUAAUGUUGAUACGCUCUUCUGCAUUCUCCAAGUUACCAGGAUUUUAAGUAUCAGUUAUAACUGCUUUGUACAAGUAGCCCUCAGCAUGGCAUGGACUUGUCAAUGACUAAUAAAAUGUGAGCAGCACUGUAAGACUGGAUAUUCCUCAGGUCUCUCACGCUGCCAUGGACUUGUUACCAAAUUUCUGCUUUCUGUCUUAACUCUUUCUCAGAUUUGGAAAAAGGCCUCUCGGAAAUAACACACACUGGACAACGCAAUUAGUGUUUCAUCAAGCCCUUUAAUUUUCCCCUCCCAGCAAGGAGAUAUAUAGAUUUUUUUUUUUUUAGUCUAGGGAUCGCAGAUUGGCACAGUAUUAUUUCCAAACCAAGCAACUCUAACGCAUCACAUACAAUUCUGUAUGUUAGGGGUAGAUGAGCAAACUUGCUCAGCAUAACUUAGGGUGGGGUGGAAUACUUGUUUUCGAACAAAGAAGAAACCCCUACUAAGCAUUUUAAAACACUUCACUGAUACAGCUAAAAAGUCUCUAAGGAUUAUAUAUAAUUUGAUACAUGAAGCCAAAGCAAUAAAAUUGAACCUAACAAACACUAACCUAUUGCAGAAGACUUCACAUACUGGGUUAAUCACUAAUUUGCGAAUUUCCAGGAAUUCAUAAUAAAUUCAUAAUAAAUUGGAGGUCAAAAUAAACAUGGUGAAUUAUAAUUAAGUUUUUUAUUUCUUAUUUUUUAAUCCAGCUAUUUACAUUCACUUCAAAUUCAAGGCAAUUCUCACUUUAGUUAAUAAUCCUGAUAGUGAAUUUUAUUGGGGACACAUCAGGAAUGUAUCCAUAAACUGUAUCCUGUUGGCUGUAUUUUGCUGGGUCCUGCAUGAAGCACUAUAACUGUAUAAGUGAUGCUUAUUAAACUGUCCAAUCUGUCGCAUCCAAAGCUGCCUGUUGAGUGUUCCUCACUUGUCUUUUUCACUCUAUUUUCCAUACCUGUAGCUUCCUUGCAUCACUCACGGAGCUUUGGAACGUGCUCUAAGGGCAGCUGUUCGCUUGCAGGUCCAUGGCCCUGAAGUGCAAUGUGAACGCGGUGGUGUGUGCAGUGUUAGCGUUGGAAGUAGAGUACAGGUUGAGGUCAGAAAUCUUUCUGUUUGAAAAAGUAGAAAAAGGGCAAUCUUUCAUUUACCAAUUUUAAUUAAUUUGUCACUUUUCCCAGGUGUCUCUCUCAUCCUCUUCUCCAUCCAUAAGAAUCUCCUUGUCACAGUGUUCCCUUUCCCCAUCAUCUGAUCCUUUUAAUAAUUCCCAACUCCUGCUCCUUGUGGGUGGAUGCCCAGUGGAGGUAGGAGUAAAUCUCCAGUUAAACCCACCCCUACCAUGCUCUAAAGAUGUGCCCGUGAGGAGCUUCAGUUUUCUGCUUGGCCCUUUUUACAACAACUCCAUACAGUUCCUGCACUGCAGAGUAGGUCUUUGCCUGCUUGAAACUUUCUGUCGUGGGAUGAAGCGUGUGGGAACCUCUGCUCUACCCAAGGUACAUAUAACAUAUUUAAUCCCUGCUUGUAACACAGAUUUAAUGAUCUAAGCCCCUUAGCAUUUCUAAGCUGACCAACCUAAAACGUAUCACUAAUACCAAUAUUUUAAAAAUAUAUAUAUAUAUUUUAAAUAGUUCUGUUUGGCCUGGGAACUGUUUGAAUUUGUCCGCUCUGCUCUAUGUAAGAUAGUGUAUUAGUGCUAGUGAGAUAAAGAGACUAUGGAGAAGGUUUUAGUCCUAUGAUAAAAAGAGGUAGAACUAAUAAUAUAGAACAAUUUAUUAGGAGCAAAUAAAAAAUGAUACAAAAUUAAAAUUCUUUCCAUAAGGUCUGGACCAAGGUUACACAAAAAAACUUUAUAAAUAUUAGGACAAACUUUGUAAAAUUGAUAGAGCAAAUGAAAGCAGGUCCUUAUAUGUGUAGCAAUAAUGAUCACCAGAGCUGGGAGUCCACUUGCCGACAACUCACUGGGUUCUCUUACCGGAUUUUGUUCUAAGUUCUUGAGCUAUUAUGUGGAUCAUCAGAUUGAUUGAUCGAUAGAUGUGGUACUACUUGUGACCACAUUAUACCAAGGGGCCACUGUCUGUGUCUGUAACUUUACCCUAUACCAACAUACUGUUGCUUACAGGAUUACAUAUGCAUUGCCCUCCUCUAAUAUUGGCACCUAUGGUAAAUAUGAGCAAAAAAAGGCUGUUAAAAAUCUUUGUUUAACCUUUUGUUAAAAAAAAAUACACAAAAAUACCCUUCUCUCAUGAAUGUCAAACAAUUGUAAACACAAUACAGGUUUAUAAAAAAAAAAAACCUGCCCAGUAGAUGGCUCUUUAUAUAAAGUCGGUAAUCCUUUGUGGGUUUGCUAUAUUGUAGAGUAUAAAAUUAGGGAGCUGUUUGGUAGAUGUAGUUUCUUAUUUGGCAUCCUUAAAUGUGGCAAUCCCACAUAAGGAUAGCAAAUUAGGCGUUCAAAAUUCAGAAAAGCCAUUUUGGACUUUUAUCUGUUUAGUUGAAUAUACCCUAAUUUGCUACCCUUAUGUGGGACUUCCUUAUUUAAUGAUGCAAAAUUAGGGUACAGUCGACUACACACAACAGCUCCCUAAUUUUCUAGUAGUUUCCUUAAAUAUGGAUUGGUAAUGCCACACAGUGGUAUAUUUGCAUGAAUUAAUUCAUGAACCACUCAAACAAAAUUUUUAUCUUCGAUUUGAUUUGUUCAUUAGCUCAUUCUUGCAUUGUGGCAUUCGUAGUACAACCUGAUUUUCAUUUAAAUAGGUGAUUCUUUCGAAAACAAAUGCUCAAUUUGCACUGUCCGUUUGACAAAUUUUAACUUUUGUCCAGUGGCGUACAUAUAGGGGUCACAGGGGUGGCAGCUGCGACUGGGCCCAUCACUCCAGGGGGCCCGGCCACCCUGCAUCCAGGUUCCUGCCGUCAUGUUUUGCGGCAAACCGCUGGGGCCACCUUUCAAGGGGCUCAUUGUGUUACCCGAUGGGUAUGGAUUUCCAGGGGGCCCGGUGAGCGCUUUAACAGACAUUAUGACAACAUCACACACUGGGAGGAAGUGACUGCCCCGAUCACUCCUCCCAGCAUACAUAGAGCCCGUGCGGGAGGAAACAGAGGAGGGAGUCAGAGUGGGACCUCUGAUUGCCAUCAACCUGAGCCACCACUGGACCCCAGGGAAGUCACCCUCCUGCAUCUAAAAGGUAGGAAACAGGAGGGUGAUUUAAACAUUUUAUAUGGGUGUGUAUGUAUAUGUGUCGUGUGUGUGUGUGUGUAUGUAUGUAUGCUUGUCUGUUUGUAUGUAUGUCUUUGUAUGUCUGUGUGUGUCUGUCUAUAUGUAUGUAUGUGUGCAUGUAUGUGUGUAUCUGUCUGUGUGUGUGUCUCUAUGUAUGUGUCUGUGUGUAUGUCGGGGGGAGGGAGGAAAGGGGGGAAGGCUGGAGACCCAUGGAUCAGUCUCGCACCGGAGCCCCAUGGAUUGUGUGUACGCCACUGCUUUUGUCCUAUUAUAUAUGAAGUUUAUUUGUAUAGCCCAUACAGGAUUUUAAUUGUGUAGUCUUUUUUUAGUUACUCCUAAUAAAUUAUUGUUAUAGAAUUGUAUUAGUGUUACCUCUUUAUCAUAGUGAGUCACCCUCUUUUGGAAAGUUAGCAGCUUUCAAGUAAAGACUUCUUUAUAUUUUAUUUAGUGCGGUUGAUUUUCUACAGUUUUUGUAAUUUUUUUUUCUUCUCUUUCAGUGCUCGAUACCUCACAACUCAUGUACCAGUAUCACCCCAUCCUCAUCUUUGGCAAAAUCACUCUUCCUGCGAACAGUCACGCAGCCCUUAAUAGUGACCAUUCCAUCCCCACGUUCAGUUUUCUACCCAAACAUAGGUAUGUAAAUAAAAUAGUACUCUUUGAAACAUUGGAUGAAGUAUAAAUAAUUUCAAAUACUAAUAGCAUAUAUAAUUAAGGAGGUAGUUGAAUAUUCCGCAGUCAAUACAGAAACACCCCCCACCCCGAAAAGCCAAGCAUUGGCUGUGAUUUAAUUAAAUAUGUGUUUUGUUUUAUUCUUCUUUCCCCUCACUCCCUUAUCUACCUCACUAAAGCUCCUAACUUCCACAACUGCACCACUAGUACUUUACUACAGCCUUUCUCCCGAUGCAUCCCGGGGAAGUUGUUAAUCGGUUCACGUCACUCCUGGCACCAUAACCACUACAAAGGACUGUAGUGGUUAUUGUGCAUGGAGUGUUAAUUUAAAUAAUCUAUCAGUGCGCGUCCUGAGAUCAGGUUCUGGAUUGACUGUAGCGGAGCUUCUUUAUCCUGGCUGGAUAGCUCCGCUAGAAUACCCCGCUAGCUGGAAAAAGCGCUGGUUAGUGAAUAUAGCCCUCCAGUUUGACACAUGAUUUGGGGUUUACAACUGGUUUUAUUGUCAAAAGUACAAUCUUUUACACAUGGACCCCUAGCAUGGGGACCCUAUUCAAUACCAAAGUGAUCCUGACCUGGUGCCUCUCUGUCUGGGAGAUAAUUGAGUUAUCCCUCACUUAAGCUAAUUAUCUCCGGGACACAGAGAGACACAAAAUACCCCCAAAACAUAGUAAAACAGGAACCCAAAUACAUAAUAAAUCCCUGGAGGGCUCUGAUCCGGGUGCCCAUGUUGGCAAAAUAGCACUUGGGUCCAUGAAGAAUUGGCAAAUCGCCACCUGGGUAAAGAUUUUACCUGCCGCUAGCAAAGUCCAUGCCUGAAAGGGUUCUAUAGCUAAAGUGUCUUUGGCACCUGUGAACUGACCCUGGCUCUCAGGGGGUGAUUGCACAGGACAGUCUAUUGAACCUUCCCUCCAAUUAGCGUCCUCCUAGCUCUCUGGGAAGUAAGUGGAAACAGGAGUUGAAGUUGGCUGGGUUAUGUUGGGAGCAGCAGCCGAGCUGGAGUCCCAGGCGAAUAUGACCAGGUCCCACUGACAUCCUUGAGGCUCUCACCAGUUUCCCUGAAUUAACAGUGGUCAACGUGGAGAGGUGCCCUCAGUUGUAAUCCAUGGAGGGUUAGGUAGUAAGAGCCAAAGGGUAGUGAUUUAGUAUUUUUGGGGAAAUUGGUUUAGGACAAGCACACUAUGCCACACAAACCAUGUUGAGGUAACACAUUUUUUUGGGAGGUUGACCUUUCUUGAAAUAUAAUCUAUGAUAAAAUAUUUGUUGACUCCAUAUUCUCUAGGAAUUUCCUGGCUGUUAAGUUCUAUGUAAAGCAUUUCAGAACAAGGUCUGCAUUUAGAAGCUCCAACCGUUAUGUCCUUUCUCCCAAAGAAAACCUGUGAUUUUAAUUUAAAACAGUGGCGGAUGAAUUUGGUAGUUUGCAUAUACGUUGUCUGUUCUGAUUUCCAUUUCUAUCUCCAGUUCCUAGGAAAUCCUUUCGCCCUCCUCAACCUACACCUACAGGUAAGUUGAACAAUAAUGACUAUCCACUAAUCACCUCUGUAGAGCACGUAAGGUAGAUCAAAACAAUACCUUGCUAUUUUUCUUUGCAGAACAAAGAGGACAAGGCAUAGGGAUGGAGGCCGUUGCUGGUGUCACUCUUUGCUCCUUUGUCAUUGGGGUGAUGUUGUCUGCUGGGCUGUGGUAUAUUCAGAGCAAAACGGGUGAGAAUGACCGAAUAUUACUGCAGUACCAUAAGGAUGUUUCAUUCUUCAUUUAGCAAUAUAAUAUUAGUUCAUUUGUACUUGAUUAUUUAACAAGCAGAUUUAAUAGUAUGUAUAGAUAGCAGGAGGGAAAAUUAAAUCUCUUAUAGAUACUCCCAUCCACUGUAUUGGAAUGCUCUUUGGAGUAGAUGUUUUUGAAGGAUGCACAAUAUUUGUGUGAGGAGUCUUAUUUUCCUGACCAAAGUAAAGUGGUUAUUCGCAAAGUUUAUGACUAUCAACCAUAUUCUUAUGUUUUUGUUUUUUUCUACUUGGUUAACUUUGUAUAAUACUUUUCCUUUUGUCUUUGGCAAUGUCUUAUUAUAUACAUAUGUGCAUUUUUGUUUUUGUAGCACCUGUUUCUUCAGCGACAAAUGGAGGAUCCCAAGGUCUUCAACCUUCACCAAACUGUGUGUCUACUAAUUAG